AUGAAUCAAGCGAGGACUUUAGAGCUCAAUCAAAUUCUACAUGUGAUUGACUUGACGGAAAAAGUCGGACCCCUUGAAUUGCCAGCAAAUCAAACAGGUUCGAUAGAAAUCGCGGAUUUAUCUUUAACAGGAGAAAUGGGUUUAUGGGGGAAGAGUGUGGUAUUAAAAGAUAAUUAUUCACCAAGAACGAUAUGUGCUUCCAUUACGGUUCUCGAAAAAAAUAUUGAGAAAUUUGCUCAGGCACGUUUUUACGGUCCUAUUGCUGGAACAGUUUUGUUCCGGUGGUUGGGCAAUCAAAUAGGCGACGAUACUGAUACCAUUAUCCAUACGAAUUUACAUCAUGUCCAUAAACAGAAAUUACAGUCGUUAAACUAUACCGAGCAUCAUUGGAAGAUAUAUAUCACUGAUAUCUUAGAAACUGGCAAAGGUUAG